UCGUACUCAGUCGGUUUCUCGCUUGUUCGGUCGGGAUUUCAGAACCAGCAAGAGGAGAAUCACAGCAGGAGGGAAAAGGAGGGCUUUUGGAACUUAAACUCUGAAUUGGGGGCGCCUUUGUCAUCAAGUUGAGCAUAGGAGGGACUUUAUGCACUAUUUCACAAUGAAAGCGUCACUAUGAGGUUGUGUUUGUGAAAAAGACUGAGUGAACCAUGGCACAGUUCCCCACUGCAUUCACGGGUUCGGACGUGUUCUUGAUAUCUGUGGAUGAGCGGGCCAAACAUGACCAGCAGUUUCACAGCCUCUCUCCCACAGCGGGGGGUUACAUCACAGGGGAGCAGGCCAGGAACUUCUUCCUGCAGUCCGGACUGCCACCGCCUAUUCUGGCACAAAUCUGGGCUCUGGCCGACAUGAACAGCGAUGGCCGAAUGGACAUCCACGAAUUCUCCAUCGCCAUGAAGCUCAUAAAGCUUAAACUCCAGGGUCACCCCCUUCCUCCUGCAUUACCCCCCAGUAUGAAACAACUGCCGCUAUCUUUACCCCCACAGGCUGGCUUUGGCAUGCCCCCUAUGCCCCCCAUGGGACCCAUUGGCACUGCUCUGCCAGGUGUACCCCCUCUACCACUCCCUCCUCUACCCGUCGGCGUUUCCCCACCUUUAGUCUCGGCUGUGCCUCCUCCACUACCACCGCCCAUGGCUAACGGAGCUCCUACCACGGGCAUGAUGCAACCCAUCUCAACCUUCUCCCACCCAGGUUCUUCGAUCAACAAGGCCCACUUUAACCGUUCCAGCACUAAAUUGCAGAAGGGUCCGUCGUUUGAUGCCACCAGUGGUCAGACUCCCGUCGACUGGGCCGUCCCUCAGUCGUCAAGGCUCAAGUACAGGCAAUUGUUUAACUCGCAUGACAAGAUGAUGAGCGGCCACCUGACUGGUCCGCAGGCGCGCACCAUUCUCAUGCAGUCCAGUCUUCCUCAAGGCCAGCUGGCAUCAAUAUGGAGUCUGUCAGAUAUUGACCAAGAUGGGAAGCUAACAGCUGAGGAAUUUAUCUUGGCCAUGCACCUCAUCGACAUGGCCAUGUCUGGACUGCCUCUGCCCCCUGUGCUGCCCCCCGAUUACAUCCCUCCUACAUUCAGGCGUGUACGAAGUGACAGCGUACAGUCCGAUCAGAAGAGUGUUCCCGAGGAGGCGGAGGAGGAAGUAGAGAACAACCAGGACAAGAAACUCCCAGUCACCUUCGAGGAUAAGAAGCGGGAGAAUUUUGAGCGAGGAAACUUGGAACUAGAGAAGCGACGUCAGGCCUUGCAGGAGCAGCAGAGAAAAGAACAGGAGAGACUAGCGGCGCUGGAGAGGGAAGAACAGGAGCGGAAGGAGCGUGAGAGGUUGGAGCAAGAGAGGAGGCGGCAACAGGAGUUGGAGAAACAACUGGAGAAGCAGAGGGAGCUGGAGAGGCAGAGAGAAGAGGAGAGACGCAAAGAAAUCGAGAGGAGAGAGGCUGCUAAGCGUGAGCUGGAGCGGCAAAGGCAGCUGGAGUGGGAGCGCCAGCGUCGUCAGGAGCUUCUGACUCAGAGGAACCGAGAGCAAGAGAGUAUUGUUCUGCUCAAAGCCCGCAAGAAGACCCUCGAGUUCGAACUGGAGGCUCUGAAUGACAAAAAGAGUCAGUUGGAGGGCAAACUGAAAGAUGUCCGCUUUCGUCUGUCAGCUCAGCGCAGGGAAGUGGAGCAGACCAAUCAAACAAGGGAGACGCGCAUCGCUGAAAUCACGAUGUUGCAACAACAGCUCCAAGACUCCCAGCAUUGGCUUGGCAGUCUAAUUCCUGACAAGCAGAGUCUCAAUGAUCAGCUAAAACAGGUUCAACAAAACAGCUUGCAACGUGACAGCCUGUCAUCACUACAGAAGGCUGUGGAUCAAAAGGAGUCGAGUAGACAGCAGCUUAAAGAGCAACUUGACACAGUGGAGAGGGAAACGAGGGCCAAGCUGCUGGAGAUCGAUGCUUUCAACACUCAGUUGAAGGAGCUGAGGGAGAUCCACAGCCGACAGCAGAGGCAGAAGCUAAAAGAAGUGGAAGGAGACCCGCACUCGAUGAUGCAUACACACACGCCGACUGAUAGGAAAUCUGCUGAGUUGCAGGAAAGCAGGUUGUCCUCAGACAAAGCUUUGGCUUGGAAGAAUGAAGACGCAGGAAGCCAGAAACCUCCGAGCCCCGCUUCUGCUUCGCACGCCUGGCUCAACAGAGUGACUCAAGAGGAGGAGGAGCGGAAGCGUAGAGGCCUAGAGGAGGAUGCUGAGGGUCGGAAGACUGCUAUGUCCAUGGAAGAGAAGGAUGAGGAGGGCCGAGGCAAGAAGGAAAUGCAGGAGAAACUCAACAAGCUCUUCAGCCAGCCGACCGAUCCCUGGGCUUCGACAGACAAUACUCCUGUGGCAAGCCUGUUUGAGCAGAAGGCAGCAGCAGUCAGCAGCUUUGAGCAACAGCAGGCGGUGGUGAAGGUGGUCUACUACAGAGCGCUCUACCCAUUUGAUGCUCGUAGCCAUGAUGAGAUCAGCAUUGCUCCCGGUGACGUCAUCAUGGUGAAGGGGGAAUGGGUGGACGAGUCCCAGACGGGGGAGCCUGGUUGGCUAGGCGGAGAGCUCAGGGGGCGUACCGGGUGGUUUCCGGCCAAUUAUGCUGAGCGGAUACCGGACAACGAGGCGCCUGUCAGCCUGCGGACGGCCGCCUCCGCCACCCCAACAUCAGCCCAGCAGCCUGUCAACACCCCUCCCCCUGCGCCCGGACAGUGCUCCUCAUCUACAUCAUCCGCCAACAGUAACUGGGCUGACUUCAGCACCACUUGGCCAUCAAACACAAGCAGCCAGAUAGACAGCGAGGGCUGGGACGCCUGGCCCACAUCUUCAUCCGCAGCCCAGAAUCCAUCUCUCGGCGUGCCAUCGGCUCAGCUGCGACAACGCUCGGCCUUCACGCCUGCCACCAUGACCACGGGCUCCUCGCCCUCUCCUGUACUCGGUCAGGGGGAGAAGGUGGAGGGUCUGCAGGCUCAGGCAUUGUACCCCUGGAGAGCCAAGAAGGACAACCAUCUCAAUUUCAACAAAAAUGAGAUUAUAACGGUGCUUGAGCAACAGGACAUGUGGUGGUUGGGAGAGCUCCAGACUGGACAGAGAGGAUGGUUCCCUAAAAGCUAUGUUAAGCUCAUCUCUUCCACCAUGACGCCCCCACUUGCGCUUCCAUUGGUUGCUCCGGUUGCGGCCUCAAUCACAGCCCCACUCAUUUCCUCAGUACGCGGCAAAAAUGCAAGUGAAUGCAUGAUGUCAGAAAGCCCCCCCAAUGGAAAACGCCCCUCGCCCACGCCAUGCAAACCCUCCGAGUCAAGCGAAGAGUAUGUAGCCAUGUACACCUACGAGAGCAGUGAGCAGGGUGACUUGAGUUUCCAGCAAGGAGAUGUCGUCACGGUGACCAGGAAGGAGGGUGACUGGUGGACAGGCACGGUGGCAGGCAAAAUAGGGGUCUUCCCGUCCAACUAUGUCAAACCACGAGACGCCUCGUCAGAGUCUUUGGGGCCAGCCGGAAAGACAGGGAGCCUUGGCAAGAAACCAGAGAUUGCCCAAGUGAUUGCCCCCUACUGCGCAACGGGAGCGGAGCAGCUCACGUUAGCCCCAGGCCAGCUCAUCCUCAUCAGGAAGAAAAACUCGGGCGGCUGGUGGGAGGGCGAGCUUCAGGCCCGAGGAAAAAAGCGGCAAAUUGGCUGGUUUCCAGCCAAUUACGUAAAGCUGCUCAGCCCAAGCACCAGCAAGACGACACCCACUGAGCCCAUGCCGCCCAAACUCGUCCCUGCAAACACCGCUGUCUGCCAGGUGAUCGGCAUGUACGACUACGUGGCCCAGAACGAUGACGAGCUGGCCUUCCAGAAGGGUCAGGUGAUCACCGUGCUCAACAGGGACGACUGCGAUUGGUGGAAAGGCGAGCUGAACGGUCGAGAGGGUCUCUUUCCGAGCAACUAUGUCAAGCUCACCACUGACACGGACCCGAGCACACAGUGAUCAUAUCAUUACCCAGAACCCCCCUCUCCUCAAAGCCCUCAAAGAGACCCACUAGGCCACGCCCACUAGGCCACUCAAGCAAUGGGACAGCAGCGAGCGGUCACAUGACCCGGAAAUGGCGACUCUCCUUCACCCGUACAAGCCACACACAGAGCCAGACAGACAGACAGGACUGACUGACUGUAAACGUUAAGCGUCUGUCUGUUCGCGAAGCUCCGCCCCACCUUGCCUCGCCGCCAUCUUGCACGUGGCAAUAGGAAGGGCGAGGCGAGGAGGAGCGACGUCACGAAGAUGAUUUGACUCGUUGACGUGCUCGACUUUGACUGUAUUGCACGCACGCACGCCUCAGUCCUAGCACGGUGGUGAGGUGGAUAGUGGGUCGUUUUGUGGCUUUAUGGAAAUUGUCAUUUUAGAACCACCUCAGCUCAUCAGGAGUUUUAAUGACACACUGAAAUUACAAAAUUCAAGGAUAAUACAGUUUUUUUUUUUUGUUUUUUGUUUUUUUUAGGAGAACAUUACACAAAAGCUUUUGUUUUCGUAAAAAUUAUUUCAAUUUUGUUUUUCUUUUUAAAAACAAAAACGUUAUUUUUUUUAAACAGUAUUCGGGAGUAUUAUUUCUUUCAAAAAAUGUGUUUUUGUUAAUGACCUUUAUUUUUUUUUUCUGUCAGGUUGCCGUUCUUCAAAUGUGCCAGAGUUUUCUUUAAAAAUGGACAUUGUUCUCCUAAAAUAUUUUUUAAAGAGUUUUCCAUAAGAAAUAUUAUUUCUCUCUGGAUAGAGAAAAUUAUGGAAAACGUUUAUCUAAUACAUAUUCAAUACUUUUUUUCAAGUUUGACAAAAUAUAUUCAGAUUUUUUUCGGGAAAAAUAGAAACAUUCUCAUAAUGUCAACUUAUUUCCUCAGAAACUCAUCAUGUGCAACAUUAAGCUUUUCCAGUUAAAAUCAUGAAAUUACACACACACAAAAAAAUCACAAUCUUCUUUUAUUCUCAUACAUUAACCAUAUCUCAUACAACAUUGAUUCAUUCAUCCUCUGAACCGUUGAUCCUCAAAAGGGUCGCCGGGAUGCUGGAGCCUAUCCCAGCUAACAACGGGCAGAAGGUAGGGUCUCAUACAACAUGACAUGGGAUAAAUAAUUUUAUCCUUUUAUCGUUUAAGAAAAAAGGCCUGUAUUUCAGUUAAAUGACACUUCUUUUGGCAUUUGGCAAAUCAGACUAUUUAUAAAAAAAAAAAAAAAAAAAAAAAAAAAAAGUUAUUGUCCCGAUUUUCUUUUCAGUGUGCCGUUAACCCUCCUUUGCACAUUCCCGCUCUAUUUUCCUUUUUUUUUAUUUUAUUGUUUUAAAUUGCACCCUCAGCAGCUUUUUUUCCUCUGUGAAAUGUGUUCCAGUCCCCCACCCUCGACUAACACGUACCCUCCCCACAGCUUCACAGAAAGACCCACUAUCUGCUGGACAACGCUUUCCGAUGCGUAACGUUACAGCCAAAGAUUCCUCCGUCCACCACCUCCUCCUCUCCUUGCGUUGCCUUUCAACAGGAGACAAAGGAGGGGAGGCAGGAAACAAAUACAAACACACGGUACAGUUUGGGGAUUUUAACUAUAGUACAAUCUCAUGCCACUUUGUUACCAACAAUAGUUUAAAAACUUUUAAAAACGUAUUUACUUCAUGUUAUGUCGUUUUUGUUUACGUCUUUUUACGGCUUGUCUGUUGCUGUGAAGAUCACACGGUUGAUGGUUCUAACCGUUCUACUCACAGGGACUCGCGCGCGGUACUAGCAAAUCAUUCCAGUUAAGUCUUGCUUACUUUUAAAGAUUGCAUGUUAAUCCGUUAAAACAGCUGUUCCCAAAAUCUCACAGCACCCAAACAAAAAUAUCACAAAAUGGAACUAAUGAAAUAUAUAGUUAUUUCUUUUUGCAAAAUUAAAAACCACAGGAGAGCAAAUUUAUGUCAUUUGUCGAAAGUUUAACACCCUGUUCAGGUUUUACCUCAGUGGCACUUGGAGACAAAAUGGUUGCCAACCAUCUCCCACUACAUCCUUGAGUUCAUUUUAAAGGAGCCAUAUUUGAGAUUGGUGACCAAAAUGGUACUGAAACCCAACCCGGAUCAAAUUAUUGAAGAGCACAACCUUUGGGUUGCCAGAUAAGUGCUUCGUAAUCUACUUUUACUGCGUUCUGUAUGACGAAUGGUUAUACCAUUGUUGCAUUUCAGUCAGAAAAGACACUAAUUUUAGCAAUGAUUAUGUGAAUGUCGAGCAGAUGUAUUUAGUCUAUAACAUUUCUAUUACAUAGCAAAAAUGAAACGAGCACGAUAAAGUCAUGAAUAAAUAAUCAUUUAGUGACAUCAGUAAACACCCAUAUAAAAGUUCCGCACAAAUUAUCGCUUUCAUGGGAGUGAGGGGAGGACUACUUUUCCUCACCAUGCAAGCGCACUGACAAAUAUCUCAUUUGUUAAUACAUUGACAGCAUCCACAGAGACAAUUUUAUUCCCUCCUAUCCAUUUAAUUUUAAUUAGUGACAUAUGUAGACGCGUAAAGACGCUAUCUUUGUCCCAGCCAAUAGGCACACAUGCUAAAUAACGUAGCACAAGCAAGCCCACUGUGUUCAUAUUCCAAAUGUCAUUUUAACAUACAUGACAGUAUUAUAGGAAAACUUCUGUCAAGAAGUCAAGCAACUUUGGCGUAAGCCGUCCAGUUUUUCCUCUUUUAAUCGCCAAUGCAUAUGUUUUGUGUAUGAUUUUGAGAUUCGUAACUAGUACUUUUUUCCUCAGGUGGUAAUUAAUUCAGACUGGUUUUAGCAGCCUUGGCCUAUAGAACAGGGGUCUCCAAACCGGUCCUCAAGGGUCGCUGCGUGUCCUGUUUUUUGUUCCAACUGAUCAAGCACUGACUGUUUAUCCAAUGAGGUUUCUGCUUAAACAAGCAGCACCUGACUGCAUUGAACUGAUUACACUUGGAAGACACCAGAUUGGUGAAACGCUGUUGACUUGUUUGUUGGAAUGAAAUCCUGCACCCACUUCAGCCCGAUGUGGGGUAGUUUGGAGACCCCCUGCUUUAGAUUAUUGAGCUCAGGCAACCUGGAUGCAGAUACAAGACUGAUCUUGUAUCUGGCUGAUUGGUGAAGGGCGGGACAUCCAUUGUAAACACAGAAUCGGAAUAAUAACUAAAGCGUCCUCAGCGUUUCCUUUUUAAAAUGGGAAAAUAUUGAAAUAUUCGGGCUAUUUGAUAAAUAAUUGAAGUGCAAUUCUUACAUAUGGCUCCUUUAACUGUAUAUAUUUUAAAAUGGCUCGUCAUCUUUUAUUGUGAGUUUUACAAAUUGGGUGUGCAUUUGUGCCAUGCGCUUUUAAUCAGUACUCAGUUUAACCAAAUGAAAUGCCAAAAAUGUUUUUAUUCUUCAGAUGCCAUUGGCGGCGAUGGACGUCCAGUCAUUUUGGACUGGUACGCUGCCAACCCUUCCCAGUUCAAAUGGAUUGGGCCGCUAUUGCUGUCAAUGGCACUGCAACAUGAUCAUGUUCAGCGCAAGACCCUAAUUCCAUUUGAUUAAAAAACAUAAAACUCAACCGACAGUAUUUUGCCAUAACGUGGUUGCCAAGGUAUUAAGACAGCUUUCUUCUUUUUUUUUUUUGUUCCCAUAGCAACAGUCCUAAAUUGCCAUAUUUUUGUUGUUGUUUUUCCAAAUGACAGUAUUGAGAUUUUUAUUGUUUACCCCUACAAGUGGAAUGAACUGAUAUAUCAAAUUAUUAUUUUGGGGGGAAAAUAUCUAAUAUGCAAUAUUGUUGUUAUUAACAUGCUGGCAUCCCACACGGGCUCCUUUAUGAUUGGCAGUGUUGAGCUCACUCAGCAGCCAUUUGAGCCGAAUGUCUCUUACUGUCCUAACUGGAUAAACUUUGAUGAACUCUAAUGAGCCAAUGAGUGGUUGAACAGCCAAAUGGAAGCACACUGCACUUGGGCACCAAUUUUGAAAAUAUGGCGCGAGUGAGCUUUUUGUUUGAGGAAAGUAGAAAUGUGAGAAUGAAGGCAAUGUACUGAAUGAAUGUAAGCGCGGUGCUAAUUUCUCCUGCUUUUGUGCGAGACGCUGAAUCUGACAGCAUUCUGGUGAUUAAACGCUCUGAGAUACA